CGCGGCUCGGCUCCGGGGCGGAGCCGGGUGGACCGGAGGCGAGACUGAGAGGCCCCGGGGAGGAGAACGAGGCCCCUACCCAGCCCUGGAGGGUCGCGAAGCAGCGGACGUUCUAGGACGUGGUCAUCGGGAACCUGACAGCUGAGGGCAUCAUGGUAGGAGGCUUGAAGAGGAAACACUCGGAUUUGGAGGAGGAUGAGAAGUGGGACUGGGGCCCGGCAGGCCUCCGGAGCUACCAGCAAGCCCUGCUCCGCAUCUCCCUAGACAAGGUCCAGCGAGGCCUGGGCCCCCGAGCACCCAGCCUCCGCAGGCACGUCCUCAUCCACAACACCCUCCAGCAGCUCCAGGCCGCGCUGUGCCUGGCUCCCGCACCCGCCCUGCCUCCUGAGCCCCUCUUUCUGGGCGAGGAGGACUUCUCCCUGUCGGCCACCAUCGGCUCUAUCCUCAGGGAGCUGGAGACCUCCAUGGACGAGACGGAGUCCCCUCCCGAUCCAGUGGCUCCCGUGGGUCCCCAGGAUGAGGUGCUGUCCCAGUCCGAUCCAGUCUUCUUAGAAGCUCUAAGCUCCCGGUACCUGGGGGACUCUGGUCUGGAUGACUUCUUCCUGGACAUUGACACGUCUGCAGUGGAGAAGGAGCCCGCCCUGGCCCCACCGGCGCCUCCUCACAACCUCUUCUGUGCCCCAGGGUCCUGGGAGUGGAAUGAACUCGAUCACAUCAUGGAAAUUAUUCUGGGGUCCUAACACUGAUGACGGGGCUCCUUCCUCAUCUCAGCCUCGGGGGGCUGGAUCCCUGGAUCCCUGGAUGCGACUGUGGUGGGGGGGGGUGUGUGUGUGUUGGUGGGGGCUCUAAGCAGUGACUGUGGCCUCCCUUCCUCCCAUUUCAGGGUUCCACAAACCGUCUCACGUGUGUGUGUGUGUGUGUCUGGUGACCGCAGCCUUCUGUGAAGGUGGGUCUUUCUGAGCUAAUUUAUCUGUCCCAAAUGCCUUACUGAGACUCUCUGUUUCUGGGAGUCUGAUUUCCUACUUCCACAUUUCUUCUGCCUUUCCCUCCAGUUCCUACUCCCCUUGUGACCACUGGGGCCUCAGGGAAGAUAAGCUGGGCCUGGUAAAGGAUGACCGGGAUGUGCAGCCUGGUUGCUAUAGAAACCCAGGCUCUGCCUCUCCCACCUAGAGGGAACGGGGAGGGGCUGGCCUCCUCCCGCCAGGCUGGACCCCACCUCCUUGGCAGGACCCAGCCCCAGCAGCCUCCUGAUUCAUACCCAGGCCGGACCACGUGCAAUAGGGUGGAAACCAAACUGCUCCAUGCCGCAUUAUUUAAAAGAAAGGCGGGUUUUUUGGGGGUUUUUUUUCCCGAUGGUUUGUAAUGAGUUUUUUUAAUAAAAGUAUUUUGGAAG